GUCAGUUGAAACAGUUUCACGGAGGAUUUAAUUAUCUGUCAUUUUAUACUCCAGAGCAGCACGAGCCGACGAGCAGCCCGGAUCCUGUAGAGACUCCUGUGAGCAUCUCCAGAGGCUGCUGCUCCGCAAAGAGAGCCAGAAGAAAGACAUCAUGAGUGACCGGUUCGACUGCAAAAACUGCAACGAGUCCCUGUGCGGCCGCAAGUACAUCCAGGUGGAGGACAACCCUCACUGCAUCCCCUGCUACGACCGCUUGUAUGCCAACACCUGCCAGGAAUGUAAAGAAAUCAUCGGACAUAAUGCCAAGGAGCUCUUCUAUGAGAACAGACAUUACCACGCGCACUGUUUCCGCUGUUUCCGCUGCGACCGCUCUCUGGCCGAUGAGCCCUUCACCAGCCAGGAGGACGCGCUGGUGUGCAGCGACUGCUACUGCAACGAGUAUUCCUCCAAGUGUGUGUCCUGCGACAAGACGGUCAUGCCAGGAUCAAAGAUGUUGGAGUAUGGCGGCUCCACGUGGCACGAGGACUGUUUUGUGUGUCACGGCUGUGAGAAGCCGAUAGGUGCCGAGGCCUUCAUCCCAGACAACAACAACUACUACUGUGUGCCGUGCUACGAGGGCAGGGUGGCUCCUCAGUGCAGCCACUGCAAAAAGGCUCUGACUAAAGGAGGGGUGACCUACAAGGACGAGGUGUGGCACAAAGAGUGUUUUCUCUGCACGGGCUGCAAGGCUCCGCUGGCUGGCCAACCCUUCACCUCGCAGGGGGAGAGUCCGUACUGUGUCAAGUGCUUCAGCAGCCUGUAUGCCAAAAAGUGUGCCGGCUGCAAUACGGCCAUCACAGGGUUUGGAGAUGGGAAGUACGUGUCUUUCGAGGACCGGCAGUGGCACCAGCCGUGCUUUAAGUGUUCACGCUGCUCGGUGUCGCUGGUGGGCUCCGGCUUCUUCCCCGACCGCGACCAGAUUCUGUGUACAGACUGCAACAACGAUGACUGACCGCCACUAACCACACCGGCAACACCUGCAGCAAAUAUGAAACACCGGCAAAGCAUUUUUUUUCUAAACUUCAGCCUGCACACGAACAUUGCAAUAUAACUAAUUCACUCACAGUGUGAAGCUGAUGCAAAGCUCAGUAUUUACAACCCAAACCUCUCAUCAGCCUUUAGCACAUUGAAAUGUUUGUAUAAAUUCUGCAGAAAUAUCCUGUGAUGUAUGUCUAUGAAUUUGUUUUUUGAUAUUUUAAAUGUUUUAAAAACCAAAGACUAAAUGAAAUAUACAACACACAUACAGAUUUGUGUAUUUUGAAUGUUAUGACCAACGCUUGGCAAACGUAUUUCUAUUUUUGGAGAAUAUUCCAACUUAUAUAAAGCUUAUCUUCUCCCACUACUCACUGUAUGUAAAAUCAUUUGUUGAGAAUGUACUGUAUAUUUAGUUUUCUUUUCAGCUUAAAACAGUCAUUACUGGCGUACGUACAAUAAUAAUAAAUGUGA